AAUAUUAUCAAAUGGCUUCAGAUGUCGAAGCAAAAGAUUCCAAGUUACAGGAAGAACAAGAUAAGAAAGUAGAUCCUUCGCCAGCAGAAGAGCCUGAAAUGACUCAAGAAGUACAAAUUAUACCUGUGAACGACGAUGAUGACGCUAGUGAUACUGUGAAUGAGGAAAAAUCACCUACUACACCCACGGAAAAAAGAAAGCGUGAAGAGCAAUCCACAAAAGACAAAGAAUCUCUGAAUGUCGAUGACGACGAUGAGAAUAAGUCUGACGAGUCUGUUGAACAACCGCCUACCAAAAAGACCCGAACAUCAGCUCGAAAAAUGAGUUCAACCGUUUCUAAACGUAAACAAACGUCGACAUCAGUUUCAUCUGGUCAAAGUUCACCAAAGCGAGGUCGCGGUCGUAAACCUAGCAUCAAAUUCGAAGAUGAAGUCGAAUCAGAUGAACUUCGUAAAGGUGGUCAAUCUACGAAAAAGAAAUCCGCUUGGAAAGCUGAAGAAGAUAGUUAUAUGAUUGAUUGUAUUUUGGAAGAAAUGCCUAGUCCUUCUUGGAAGCGAAUUGCUAAAGGCCUUUCAGGUCGUACUCCAAAUUCAUGUUUAGUUAGAUGGAAAACAUUACAGAAAAGAUUGUAUCAAAAUUUAUAA